UCUGCCUCCUCUUCCCUUGCCGUCUCUAGAAUAAUUCUGAGACCUGGGACCCAGGUUCUCACGUGCCAUGGCCAAUGGUGGGUGCCUCUCACCUUUGGUUUCAGGAAGGAGCUGAGGUUUAAAGCCCCCAUGGCCAGCACGAGGUCAUCGGGUGGACGGCCACUGCUGCUGCUAGGGCUGCUGGUCACAGUGGCCUCUGUCCACCUGGUCACCUGUCCAUACACCAAAGUGGAGGAGAGCUUCAACCUGCAGGCCAUCCAUGACCUGCUCUACCACCGACUGGAUGUGGACAAGUACGACCACCACGAGUUCCCUGGAGUUGUCCCCAGGACGUUCCUUGGGCCCCUGGUGAUCGCCGCCAUCUCCAGCCCCGUGGUCUAUGUGUUUUCGCUGUUGGAGCUGUCCAAGUUCUAUUCUCAGCUCAUCGUGAGAGGAGUCCUGGGGCUCGGCGUGAUCUUCGGGCUGUGGACAUUACAGAAGGAAGUGAGGAGACAGUUUGGGGCCACCGCAGCUACCAUGUUCUGCUGGCUGACAGCCACGCAGUUCCACCUGAUGUUUUACUGCACGCGGACGCUGCCCAACGUGCUGGCCCUGGCCGUGGUGCUGCCGGCUCUGGCCGCCUGGCUGCGGCACCGGUGGGCCCGCUUCAUCUGGCUCUCGGCCGUCGCCAUUGUCGUCUUCAGGGCCGAGCUCUGCCUGCUGCUGGGCCUCAUGCUUCUGCUGGCGCUGUACCACCGCAGGAUCUCGGUGACCAGGCUCCUACAGCACGCUGUGCCCGCCGGGCUCCUCUGUCUAGGACUGACGGUGGCCGUGGACUCCUAUUUCUGGCGACACCUCGUGUGGCCGGAGGGAGAGGUGCUUUGGUACAACACUGUCCUGAACAAAAGUUCCAACUGGGGCACCUCCCCGCUCUUGUGGUACUUCUACUCGGCCCUGCCCCGUGGCCUGGGCUGCAGUCUUGUCUUCGUCCCCCUGGGCGCGGUGGACAGAAGGACUCACGCGCUGACCCUGCCUGCGCUGGGCUUCGUAGCUCUGUACUCUCUGCUUCCGCACAAGGAGCUGCGCUUCAUCAUCUACACCUUCCCCGCCCUCAACGUGGCCGCCGCCAGAGGCUGCGCCUACCUGCUGAAUAACUACAGAAAGUCCUGGCUGUACCGGCUGGGGGCCGUGCUGGCGCUGGGCCACCUCGCGGUGAAUGCCGCCUGCGCGGCCACGUCCCUCUACGUGUCCCACUUCAACUACCCGGGUGGCACUGCAAUGCGGCGUCUGCACGAGCUGGUGCCAGCCCGGACAGAUGUCCUCCUGCACAUCGACGUGGCCGCUGCCCAGACCGGCGUCUCACGGUUCCUCCAAGUCCACGGUGCCUGGAGGUACGACAAGCGGGAAGACGUGCCGCCGGGGGCGGCCGGCAUGCUGGCCUACACGCACCUCCUCGUGGACGCGGCCCCUGGGCCCCUCGCGCUCUUCAGGGACACGCACCAGGUCCUCGCCAGCGUGGCCGGCCUCGCGGGCGUGAGCCUCAACCUCACCAAACUGCCUCCCUUGGACGUGCACCUGCAGACGAAGCUGCUGCUCCUGGAGAGGCUCCCCGGGCCGUCCUGACGGGCGAGGCGGGCCCGCCGCUCCCGGCCUCCGGGGCCGCACACAGGCGCAGUUCUGGGGCGCCGCUGAGACGGCACCCACG